GGGAGGGGCUAGCGGAGUCUGGCUGUCCUGGCUAGUCCCCCCCUAUAAAGGGACAUAGAGCGGCGGAGGGAGACAGGAAAUCCUGACAUUGGGAUUAAAUCAAUCAUUACCACACAGCCUGUCUGUAACCUGAACAGAUCCUCCACUGACUGCACACAGCUGGUGGGUACAGCACCGGGCACUGACUGGGCAGGGGGGCACUGACUGGGCAUGGGGGAGGGGUACAGGGAGCACUGCCUGGGCAUGGGGGCACUGAGUGGGCAUGGGAGAUGGGUACAGGGGGCACUGAGUGGGAGAGAGGGGGCACUGAGUGGGAGAGAGGGGGCAGGGGGCACUGUGAGGGGAUGGGUACAGGGGACACAGAAUGGGUAUGGAGAGAUGGGUACAGGGGGCACUGAAUGGAGAGGUUACAGGGGACACAGAGAGUGCAGGGUACAGGGUCACUGUGUGGGCAUGGAGAGAGGGGAUGGGUACAGGGGACACAGAGUGCAGGGUACAUAUCCCACUCAGUGGGAGAGAGGGUACAGGGGGCACUGACUGGGCAUGGGGGAGGGGUACAGGGAGCACUGCCUGGGCAUGGGGGCACUGAGUGGGCAUGGGAGAUGGGUACAGGGGGCACUGAGUGGGAGAGAGGGGGCACUGAGUGGGAGAGAGGGGGCAGGGGGCACUGUGAGGGGAUGGGUACAGGGGACACAGAAUGGGUAUGGAGAGAUGGGUACAGGGGGCACUGAAUGGAGAGGUUACAGGGGACACAGAGAGUGCAGGGUACAGGGUCACUGUGUGGGCAUGGAGAGAGGGGAUGGGUACAGGGGACACAGAGUGCAGGGUACAUAUCCCACUCAGUGGGAGAGAGGGUACAGGGGGCACUGACUGGGCAUGGGGAGAGGGGCAUGGGUACCAGGGGAACUAGAUGGGAGAGAGGGUGCAGGAGGCACAGACUGGGCAUGGGGAGAGGGGCAUGGGUACAGGGGACACUAGAUGGGAGAGAGGGGGCAGAGUGCAGGAGGCACUGACUGGGCAUGGGGGGAUGGGUACAGGGGACACUGAAUGGGGAGAGGGGCACUGAGUGGGCAUGGGUACAGGGGGCACUGAGUGGGCAUGGAGGAGUGGGACUUGGUACAAGGGGCACUGACUGGGCAUGGAGGAGUGGGACGUGGUACAAGGGGCACUGACUGGGCUUGGGGUGAGUGGUUAAUGGUGUGUGGGGUGGGUGAUGGGUACAGGGGGCAUGGGGUGAGUAAUAGUACUGGGUACACAGAGUAUAUGGGGUGACUGGUAAGUAGUACAGGGGGCAUGGAGUGAUGGGUUAAUGGUUCUGGGUACAGGGGGGCAUGGAGUGUGCGGUCGUUGAGAGAGGGGUUAAUGGUGCUGGGUAUAAAGGGCAUGGGGAGAGGGUCAUAGUGCUGGGUACAAGUUGCAUUUUGUGUGGCAGUACUGCUGGGAAUAGAAAUUGGGCAUGGAGCAUUUCAAAGCUGAUGGUGGGUACAGUAGGGGUAAGGAGUGCUGCCAUAUGAAUAAUGGGCAUGGUGGUAUUGGCCUUCUUAGGAGUUUGCUAUAAGAAAUCAGAUAACAGGGGGUUAUGUACUGAGACAGUAUUUUUGGUUGGUACAGAAGAUCAGAUGACUUAGAGAUUGACAUUGGUAACCCUGCUGGAGGGAUUUAUGGUACGCUGAGUUGAUUUAAAAAAAAAAAAAAAGUAUUUAGUGUGACAGUACUGCUGGUGGUUCCGGAUGGCAUAGGACAGCAGAGGGGCAUGAAGUAUGAUGGUGUUGUUGCUAAGUAAAUAGGACAUCUAAUAAUUUAAUUUGUUUUCCCUGCCACAUCUACUUUUUGUGCUCAUUGUUCCUCUCAAGCUAUAUGCAGUUAAAAGAAAACUGAGCAAGACAAGUUUGAUUUGUGUGAACCAGAGGUAGUGAGUUAGUUUAACAACUUAAAGGAAGUAGAGUAAGGAUACACAAAUGGCAAUGUUAAACAUGGAAUAUCAGCAUAUUAAGUCUUAUAUAUCCGUCAUACAAUGCUAUGGAAUAUGUAUGUGCUUCAUAAAUAAUCAUAGGCUUUGCUUAGUGACAUUGUGUUUUUUUAUAGUAAUGUAUGGCGGUGUUCAGAGAACCCUAAUGUAAUAUGGCAAUUGGGGCAUAGUGAUCUGUGUAAAAAAAAAAAAUAACAAAUCUUGGCAUCCAGAUUAGUAAUGCCAUCUUGUGGUAGGAGGUUUAAUAACAUUGUAGAGAAACAGAAAUAGGUUGGCAUGUGAAAGUACAAUACCAUAGAGCACUCUGGUGCUGUGUUAGGGUAUGCAAGGACACACAAUUCAAGAAGAAACUGUGCCACUGAAUGAGUUAAUGCUCAUAGGUAACUGGAGUUUUCCAAGGUCAUACACUGAAAGUGGGUAAUGUGCUACAUUGUGUGAUAUCUUUGGUGUCAGAUUCUCUUAUCUGCCUGUCUAGUCUGUAACAUUAGAAUCCUCCCAUGUAAAGUUAUUCUGUUAAAGACAUGCAUAUUUACAUGCCACAACAUUUUCAUAAAGUAAAGUGAUACAGGUUGCUUUGUACAGCGAGAGGUUUAAUUUGACCUAUUGGUAGCGUAAUCCCCAAGCUUUGAGUUUGCCAGUGUGAGUUUUGAAUGUCUUUAGCAUUGAUCUGUAAUGACACAAGAUUGAAAUAAAAAUUGACAAAAUCAGUUUUGAUCUUGACUCCAAAUCCAACUCUUCACUGGAACCCUAGUCAUAGGUUUAGCCUUGCCCAGUGCACCCUCCUUUACCGAUUUCACUGGUGCAGCACUUUUUAAAGAGACUUUUCUCUGUCUUCAGAAAUGGGAGACAUAGACAAAAACCUAAGGCAGCUGGCCAGGGUUCCCAAACAGGACCUGCUUGUUGCAUCCGGGACAGUUAGGACAUAUAGAGGUGAACUGGGUCAUGGGUAAAUAAAAGUUGUGUUAAAUUUUCAAUCUUAUGUUAACAACACAUUUGAAAAAUAUAUUAUUUUUAAUCAGGUUUUGUAUAACGUGAGUUUUGUUUUUUCUUUUUCUUAUCUGCAGUAACUCCGCAGUAAACAAAUGCCAAGAUUAGAGGAGCACUGUUGGAGUUGCUCUUGCACUAGAAGAGACAAAAACAACAAAAAGAUCAGCAUCUGGCUGACACGCAGAGCUGGAGAAGCCAUGUCCUCCCUUAAUUCCCUAAUUGGUCUUGCCUACAGUACUCUAGUCAGCAGUCAAGGCCGCAAUCUAAUCCAGCGCAGUCUGGUUCUCUUUACAGUUGGUGUGUUCCUGGCUUUAGUCCUCAAUUUAUUACAAAUACAAAGAAACGUGACUCUGUUUCCCGAGGAAGUGAUUGCUACAAUUUUCUCAUCAGCAUGGUGGGUUCCUCCAUGUUGUGGCACUGCAGCUGGUAAGUAUUAUAUUAGACUACCUGUUUAAGGGAGCACUUAAGGCAACUACAAUUUCAGUACUCAUAGUUAUUCUGGGUGGCUAAUUUUAAUACUGUAAUAGUUUUGCGUCAUAACUCCCGCCUUCUGCCCAUCACUCUUAACCUGCAAUACAUUUAUCCCCAAAAUACUGCCCACUAUAUUAUCAUAUAAUUGGCGUUCCCAGGAGUUGUAGUUCAGCAGUUAAUGAUGUAAAGUAGAACUCUGAAAAUUGUACUACAGUUCUUGGAAACCACCCAUGAACCACUGAUUAGUGAAUAUGCUUAUCAGUGCUAUACACUGUGAUCCUGGUUUGAGAGCUCACUGUGUGCAGCAAAUUCAUGCACAUAAUGUGAGCUUUUUAUGUUGAAUCUGUCUAUCUUGGGUCAACUCAAUGUUAAUAUGUUCCUGUUUUAAAGGAACACUAUAGUCACCUAAAUUACUUUAGCUAAAUAAAGCAGUUUUAGUGUAUAGAUCAUUCCCCUGCAAUUUCAAUGCUCAAUUCACUGUCAUUUAGGAGUUAAAUUAUUUUUUCUGUUUAUGCAGCCAUAGCCACACCUCCCCUGGCUAUGAUUGACAGAGCCAGCAUGAAAAAAAAAACUGGUUUCACUUUCAAACAGAUGUAAUUUACCUUAAAUAAUUGUAUCUCAAUCUCUAAAUUGAACUUUAAUCACAUACAGGAGGCUCUUGCAGGGUCUAGCAAGCUAUUAACAUAGCAGGGGAUAAGAAAAUCUUAAUUAAACAGAACUUGCAAUAAAGAAAGCCUAAAUAGGGCUCUCUUUACAGGAAGUGUUUAUGGAAGGCUGUGCAAGUCACAUGCAGGGAGGUGUGACUAGGGUUCAUAAACAAAGGGAUUUAACUCCUAAAUGGCAGAGGAUUGAGCAGUGAGGCUGCAGGGGCAUGUUCUAUACACCAAAACUGCUUCAUUAAGCUAAAGUUGUUCAGGUGACUAUAGUGUCCCUUUAACUGAUUUCUUUUAUACAAUGUUCUUGUGUUGUAUGCAUUUAUUUUGAUGGAUCUCUAAUAUACACAUGGGUAAUUUCUAUAACAAAAUUACCUAUGUUUGGGGAAAUAUAUGUUCUAUUAAAAACUACAGAUAAAAGUAAUCUUACAUAGAGUUUUACAUUGGUGAAAUCCCUCAUGUAUUUGUCAUCAUUAAUGAUAAGCUUGUAGUUUUGUAUGGAAGUUGAAAGAUAUCCCUUAUCUUAUCCCUUAUCUUGUACAUGUCACUCUUUAGCAAAAUGUAGGUCAAAAUUACUAUAGCUUGGUCAAUAACUGAUUUAGCAGAUUUGUAUCUGACAACAGUACUGCUUAAAUAGCAUUAUGGGAAAUGCUACUUUACAAAUGUGGGAGUCCAGCAUUGGUUAUCACUAGACUCAAGCAAUGGUUAACUAGAUGGUUGGAGGGGUUUACAUGGCAGAUAUGUGUAACAAAGGAAUCUGCACCCAAAAUGUGAUGUUUUAAUAUAAAUUGUUCAGCUGUGAUCCAGCUGUCUGACUACAUUGUUAGUCCUGUGACAACCAGAUGUUUGCAUAACAUAAAACUUUUUUUACUGGACAAAUCUGACAGUAAGGGAUACGUCAACUUCUCAUUAUACCUGUAGCCCUUGUUAGUUAGAAUAUUCUAUAUGGUGAUGUCUUAAAGAGAGAUUGUAAUGAUUUACUUGUAUUGCAGAGAACCUUACUCUUAUCUGUAACUUGUAGUUACCAUAGCUGUAAGUUUGGAAUCUUUUUACGGGGCAUAGGAGGGGUGAAGCCCUGGCUCUUAUUGCAGCUAUUACAGAGUUGCUGUAUCUGGUUUAACAGUUCCCUCUGUUUGCAGACGCCUGCUUGGCAUAGAUAGCAAGUGAAAUGUUUUUCUAAGCCACACGUCUGGUGAUUGGCUUACUCCUAAACUGGUGAGCUGUCUGGCUCUGCCCUUAUUGGCUUUCUCACUUAACAUACCACACAUCCCGAAAUGCGAAAUAAGGAAGUAAUCAAAAACUGCUGAGACCAGUCACUUCUGUCUUCACUUAAAGCUCUGAGCGUCAGAUAUUGAAAGCUAUGAGAGAGUUCAUUCAAAGCUACAAGCUUAUCAUUAAUGAAGAGAGCUUCCCAGCGGUGUCAAUAAAUGCAUUCUUUGUCCUAUUACUGUUCCAUUAAUUAAUCCUGGUCUAAUCGAGUCUGUCUUAAGCAUUCUUGGAGGGAGCAAGAGAUAUUCUGUAAACCAAUAUCUUGUAGUACACACUAUAGAAUUAAAUAGAUUCUUUGUGCUUGGGUGUAUUAAAGUAAAUUUAAAGUUGUACUUGCCAAAUACAGUCCUAAAGGAUCCCUGCUUAUUCUGAAAUGCUGUUUAACUUUUUAAAGUUUCUGUGUGUGUAAUAGUCUAUAAUACCAGGUUAUUUUAACCCCCUCACCCUUUCACUUUGACCAGGAAAGUGUUUUUUGUUUCCUACUUUUUUUUUUUUUGUGUGACACAAUAUACGAGACUGUAGAAACAGGGAAUUGGUUAAGUUUGUCUGUCUUGUUUCCCUGGAGUUCCAAUUUUUGCAAAGCACAAACUAUGCAUAAUUGGUGUGUAAUUAAUAUAUAUAAUUUAAUAUAAUAAUGGCCUAUAGCCUGAUUACACGUUUUGUGCACAGUUACCUAUAUGGUAUUCAUUUUUUAUUACAACUGCAAAAAUAUAAAAUGGGAUCAUGGUUGUAACAGAAGACAUAAAUUCCAUGAACACUGGGCAAGUUUAAAAGGACACUGUAGUCACUAUAAGCAUUUCAUCUCUUUUGAAUUGGUUAUAGUGCCUGGAGUGCCCUGGCACUGUCCCUCCAUUCAGUGUGGCACCAUGUUCGUGCAGUAUGCCACAAAAUAAGAGUCCCUGGCCACCCACAGUCCGGCCCCUUCAGUAUGUGUAGCUAAGGCAGAGAUUACACACUUCCUUGUUGUCAUACCCAUUCAUACCGUCAGUUGGAACUCUGACAGGCUAAAAGCAGUCAGCUGACAUUCUCAGCCAAUCACAGCUGCCUAUUGCUGCUCAGGCUAAUACUUUCUUAUUAGCCAAAGCAGCAUAAAGGGGAUGGAUUGCCGGGGACUCUUGUUUAGCAUUAAAACAUUAAAAGUUUAAAAACUGUUUAAUACUGAAAGAAAUGAUGGUACCAGAGGACUCCAGACACUAUAACCAGUUUAAUGAGAUGAAGCAGAUACAGUGCCUACGGUGUCCCUUUAAGUGUUACAAAUGUCUGUAGAGAACACUGUAUGUAAUUGUGAAACUGGAUUCAGUCCAUGUGCUUAACCUGUGUUUCAAUUUACAGCUGUUGUGGGUUUGCUGUACCCCUGUAUUGACAGCCGUAUUGGAGAACCUCACAAAUUCAAGCGAGAGUGGGCCAGCGUCAUGCGGUGCAUUGCAGUCUUUGUUGGCAUUAACCACGCAAGUGCUGUAUCCUUUGUAACUAAAUAUUACCUGAAUCAAUUUUACAGUCCAUUUCAUUUGUUUGAAACUGAUCAAAAUUAAUGCCAAGCAUUAAGAAGUACAAUCUAAUAUCUUUUCAGACUCUCUAAAAAAACAAGAAGGUUAUAAAGUGUAGUGGCAUUUUAAAGUAUAUGUCUGAGGAGGAAAUGUGUCUUGACGAUAAACCAUUUGUUGAGCUGAGUUUUAUUGGUGGUUGUUUGUGUUUUUUUUUUUAUUUUUAUUUUUUUAUUUUUUUACUAGAACACCGCUCUAUGGACUGGUAAUGGAUGCAUCUUUGAAUAUAUAUGCACACCAUCUUUAGGGGGACUCCAUGCAUGUAUGGCAAAACAGUGCUGCACCUAUAAAAUGCUCUUGGUCUACCUGACAGCAACCAGAGGCGUUUUAAACCCUGCACUGAAAAUAUUGCAGCUUCUGCAAACUGACAGUGGUUUGAGUUGCAGGUUAAAACAUCAGUAAUAUGGCACCCACACAACUUUAUUGAGAAGAAGUGAUGUGGGUGCCUAUAAAGUCCCUUUAAGAAAAUUGUCUAACAUUACCAGAGUAGAAUGAGUUUUAAAAUUCCCUGGGCCCAUUAUGCUCAUAAUUGACAUGAAGACUAGGAGAACCCUCCUACAGGUGUUCUCCAACUCACCAUCACAGCAAGUUCAGCACAUGUACUGCAAUUGCCAUGAUUUCUUCUAUAGCAACCGCACCUUUGACUUGUUGGAUAAGUGUAUGAACUAUAUGAGUGAUAAUGGCAUUGCAGCCAGCUUCCUGGUAUCAUUAGUGAUAAUUGCUUUCUGUGUUGCCAAAUGGGAUUAAGCAUGUAUGAGCCAGUUGGGGGUAGAAGAGACCAGGAUCCUUUUUGGAGAAAAAGUAAGUAUUAAAUAGCACCAGACAUCAUCUGGAUGAAUGAUCUCCGAAGAGGAGGAGUGGUUGCAGCCAGGAGACUGCCGGUACUGCUUUUUAAUUUUGAAAAUAAUGCCCAAUUGUCUAAUUCUACUAAGGAACAAACUAAAUAAAAAUAAAUUGCAAAAUACAAACCAGGUGACUUACUGCUUCUCUCAUAUAGUAGAAAGAAGAGAGUGACCCCUUGGCAGGGCUGAUUUGCAACUGCUAAAAAUCCCUGAAGUCUCCAUUGAGUCUCUACUCCCUUUUCCUAUCUUCUCAUAGAUUAUGUGUAGGAUAUAAUCUCUUUUCUUCCAACCUUUAAAGUUUUGCGAUUCUAUAAAAAACGUGGUAAGAAUCGUGAAUAGGAUAUGUUGAUAAUGGUGGAACUACCACGGUUGCAGCCACGACCGGGCCGUCACUCCAGGAUGGGCCCGGUCGCCCUGCUGACCGCUGCAACUGUGGGCGGCCUAGAGGAGCACUGUCACAGGGGGCCCACCUAGGGCACCCCUGAAUCAGCGCUUAUAGAGUGAGGCAGAGUAGGCAUCUGCUUAACUGGAUGGCAGGUGCCUAGUCUGCCGAUAUGUACCUAGGGGAGGGCAGGAGGCAUUCGGUGGCGAGGGAGCACUGGUCUGACAGUUCCUCGCUCACCCGCUGUAAUGCCAAGAGCCAGAAUAUGACGUCAUUCCGGUCCCGGCAUACUAAACAGCGUGCAGGUGGAGAGAGGAACUUUCACACCACAGCCCCAUGGAGAAGACCCAAACCAGCUCUUCCAAAGGUAGGGAGGCUGGAUGGGCUUAAAAAAAGUAAAAGAAUGUGUGAGUCUGUGUGUGGCUGUCACACACAUAGGUGAGGAGAGUCACAUGGAGGGGUUGUGGGAUAGCAAAGACAGGGUAAUUUUCGCACCGGGGCCUGGUGGUUUCUAGUUACGCCUCUGCUCCACGUGGUUACUUUAUUUUUUCCUUCACUAAUCAUUCCAUUAGAAACUUGAUUUCGCCAAUAAUGUUCAGCUGUCUCUAACACUGGCUGCCUUGUCAUUGGGUUUGUGGUGGACAUUUGACCGUUCCCGGAGUGGUCUUGGGCUUGGAAUUACAAUAGCCUUUCUUGCAACACUCAUCACGCAGUUCCUUGUCUACAACGGAGUGUACCAGUAAGUUACUUUUCUUAGAUAUUUAAAGUGUGUUACCGCAAGGGUUUGCAUAUUGAUAUAUGGUUCAAUGCUUCCACAUAACUAAUCAAGAGUAUGCUUCCAACCCAACCAGUUUCUUCUAGCCCUUAAAGGACCACUUUAGGCACCCAGACCACUUCAGCUUAAUGAGGUGGUCUGGGUGCCUGGUCCAUCUAGGGUUAAACUUUUUUUCUAUAAACAUAGCAGUUUCAGAGAAACUGCUAUGUUUGUUAGGGUUAAUGCAGCCUCUAGUGGCUGUCUCUUGACAGCCGCUUGAGGUGCUUCCGCGUUUCUCACUGUGAAAAUCACAGUGAGAAGUCGCCAGCGUCCAUAGGAAAGCAUUGUGAAUGCUUUCCUAUGGACUGGCUGAAUGCACGCGCAGCUCCUGCCGCGCAUUCAGCCAAAGAGGAGGAGGAAGAGAGCUCCCCGCCCGGCGCUGGAGAAAGAGGUAAGUUUAACCCCUUCCUCUCCAUCCAGCCUGGCGGGAGGGGGACCCUGAGGGUGGGGGCACUAUAGUGGUCCUUUAAUGCAAAUUUUUUCCACUAUAGUGGUCCUUUAAUGCAAAUCGAGGAACCAGCCUGGGUUUGUUUGAAGCCAGGAAAAUAAUGUAUCAGAGUUCUAAAAAAAAAAAAGUGUAGAAGCAUAAGAAGCCAUGCACUGUGUUUAUGAACAAUGUUAGUUUAGGAUCAAGCAUUAUCACUAGUAACUCGAACAUGUGAUAAUGGCAGAGCGCCACCAAGUGGCAGUCUAUGGAAAGACAUGCUUUCUUUCUUAAAUGAGUAAUUGCAAACCACUGAGCUGUUUUUUGUUUUUUUUCUACAUUUUUUUAUUUAUUUAUUCUUUUUAUACUUCAUACAUGUUGGAAAUAAAACAGUAGCACAUGGUACAUUGCACUUCUUAUUUUUUUCAUUACUCCAUGAAUUCAAAUUGUUUUUUAUAAUUAUUUAUUUUAUCCUAUAACUUUAGGUAUACUUCUCCAGACUUCUUGUACAUUCGAUCUUGGCUGCCGUGCAUAUUCUUCUCAGGAGGUGUAACUGUUGGCAACAUUGGGCGGCAGUUGGCAAUGGUAAUUUUAUUUCAUGCACAACUUCCAAUUUUUGUUUUUGUGUGUGUGUGUGUGUGUGUGUAUUACACACGCAGGCAUAUUCUAAAGAACUUGUUUUCCUAACUUAAUGUUCUGCUCCUAAAACCCUCCAUUUCUGAUUUUUGAUUCAGGGUCCCACAGAAAAAUCCCACACAGACUAGAAGGGCACCUGAAAUCCGUGUCACUACGCCAGGAGAAGCGAAUACCGACAAUGGGAAAAGCAUGCACUGGGUCAAUGAUAACCCACACAUGUUGCAGCUGCAAACUAAACGUGACGACUGUUGCUUGUUCAUCUCUGAAUUUUGCAUUUCAUGGUGUGAAAGAAUGUUUGGCUUCCCAGAUGACAUACGAUCAUUUUUACUUUAUUUUUUCCUUGUGGCAGAAAUGAAGCUGAAUGGAACAUUGCUACAUUUUGCAGCAUCCGUAAUUGCUACAGGUGUAGCUUAUCAGACAGCAGGACGAUGGCUUGCAUUAAGUGGAGUAAGCUGCUUGACAUCUUUACGAACCAGUAUUAUGUCAACCUGCAGGGUCAAUGUAGUAUGGAGUCUUGAAGUGUUCUGUCCUAUUAGAGCUAAUUGUGGGUGCAAGGUGCUUUAAAACAAAGGGUGAAGUGGAAUUUAAUAGGAGUGUGUUAAUUAUCCAAAAUAUAAGGCUGUAGGCAUUAAAAUGGAAAUAUUGCAUAUGACGUCUGCAAACUUGCGCUAUUCCAUUGUAACAAACCCAGCGGAAAACUGGUAUUCUGCCACAAAGUAUAAACGUGUAAGGAAAACCAGCUCAGUUUCAGCAAAACUAGUGCACUUUAUUGAACAAAAAAGUUAAAAACACAAGCUAGUUGUUCAUUUUUAAAUAUCCGCUGCUGUAAUUAUCCAUCCAAGUAAAACAGAUAUUCAGGGUUUUGUUCUGUGUUUUAUUUUUUUAAAUACUUUGGGGGCGGGGGGUAGAUCUUGGCUAAUAAUUGGUGUUCUUCAAAGUGCUGGAAUGCAAUAUGUCUGUCACAUGGGCGGUCAGAACUUAUUUGCCACGAUUCCCAAUACUUUUAUUGGGUUGCCACGUAGUUAGAUUACCUAAUGCACAAAAGCCAGUUUUCCGCCUGUUCAAGUAUUUUGUUUUGUUCAUCUAUGGCUUUCCUUACAGCCUUAUUAAUAUUUGCAGUCUGUGAUUGCCUUGUAAAAAGAAAAGUGAAUUUGUCACUUCAUUAAAAAAAAAAAAAUAAAUGUAAAAGUUCUUUUGAAACAUUCUGUUAUAUGGGUGAGCACAAACUAUUCAAUAUGAAUCUAUUUACAUCUAGACCAAUUUCAGUGUGUAUUAGCGGGAUUUUAGAUUCUAAGUGCAAUGUGUUAAACAUAAAGGGAAUCUACUUUUCUUUUCUUUUAAUAUUUUUUACAUAUUCCUCAUCUUGCAGUGUAAAAUCAGGGCUUUCAUUGAGGGGCCCUCCUGCAGCCAUUAAUUCAUAUCGCAUUUGGUUUAAUAGACUAUCCUUUUCAGUAGCUGGAGGACAAGAUUUGGUGAAAAAAAACAACCCCAAAACUGUCAAAAAUCUGAAAAUAGUAAUAUGCUUUACGUUGCUAUGCUGUGGGAUUAUGCAUGUUUUACAUUUUUCAAUGAACGAUUCCCUAUUAGGUUUUUUUUUUUUUUUUAAUAUAUAUAAUUUAUUGGAAACAAUGCGUUCGAUGAUACAUAACACCAGUUUUGUGCUCUUACUGUGGCUCUCUUCUGCGGUAUUUUAUGAGCUUGCCGCUGGUAUGGACAACAAAAUUCAGCAAUAACUGGUACAAUUUUAUGUGUGAUUUGAUUUUUGUUUCUUUUAAUACUCCAUUUCUGUGUGUUUUAAAUAUAAUUGUAUUCUUACCUGUGAAAUUGCCUUUACAUAUAUUACUUUUAUGCAAUGGAGCAUCGCUUUGGAAAUCUUCUCUUGCUGCAAGAUGGAUGCAAAUAUGGCAAGCUGCCAACAAAUUUAUUUAAUUUGUGUUUCUGCAGACGCUAUAUAUUUUUAUGCUAAAGACACCCUGAGGUAUUGGUUUUUUUUAUUAAAACCAAAAACGGCAUUUUUAUUUUUAUUAUAAUUUUUUUUUUAAUACAUCUGUUUCCAAAUGUGAUCUUUGCAGAGUUAUGGACACUAUGAGCACCAAAACAACAUCAUAUUUUUGAGAUUCAAAAACACAGCAUAUUAGUGAGGCCAAACCCAUCAAUGCAUUAAAAUUGUAUUGAUGCUUGUAAUAGGAAGUGGUGCAUAAUUCAGACUAGUAAAAUCUUUUACCAUAACCUAAAAGUUGCAGUGUUCCAUUGAACUUACUUAGUAGAUAGAUCCCAUAGUGCUUAAAGGACCACUAUAGGCACCCAGACCAUUUCAGCUUAAUGAAGUAGUCUGGGUGCCAGGUCCAGCUAGGGUUAACCUUCUUUUUUUUUUUUUUUUUUUAUAAACCUAGCAGUUUCAGAGAAACUGCUAUGUUUAUGUUAGGGUUAAUCCAGCCUCUAGUGGCUGUCUCUUGACAGCCGCUAGAGGUGCUUGCGUGCUUCUCACUAUGAAAAACACAGUGAGAAGACGCCAGCGUCCAUAGGAAAGCAUUGUAAAUAUAUAUAUUUGUUUUAAUACUUAUGGUGCAUCUAUUAUUGAAUCCUUCAAAAGGAACAUGUAUUAAAAACAAUUAUUUUUUUUUUUUAUUUUAUUUUUUUUUUUGUGCACAGUCCAAAAGAUGUAUGUUGCCAACACUUGUAGCAAGUUUGUGAACCAAAGUGAUCCACGUUGAAAAAGUUUAUAAAAUUGCACUAUGCUGGAUUUAUGUUUAAUUCAGUCAUAUUAUCAUCAUGUAGGAUUAAAUGUGAUAUGUUUAUAGAUGUGUAUAUAACUUCUAUUAUUUUUUAAAUAAAGGCUGUGACUCAUUCGA